AUGAACACCAGGGACACUGGUACAGACAGUGAGAGUACAUUGAUUCGAGGCUGGGUCCCGCAGCCAAACACCCGUGGCACUUUCGACCUGGCAGUGUCUUGUGCCGUGACGGUCUUCUUGUGCAGCUGGUCCUCGAUUUGCGUCAAUGUCCCUACUACAGACCAUAGCAAAAGGGAUCUGUUCUGGGACAAAUGGCACAUGUUUUGCCUCUCUAUGCUUGGCCCGGAAUUCAUCUUUAUGCUGGCUCUCGGACAGUACAUGCGUGCACACGCCUCAAUGAAAUCGUUCCACGACAAGGGCUACAAGGACUGGACCACGAUGCAUGCGUUUUAUGCAGACAUGGGCGGUUUUAUUCUCCAGACUCGUGACUGGAAGCCGUUUCCUGUCGAUGCGAAACAACUAUUCUACUUGAUAGAGCGUGGCUAUGUCAGGUAUCCUGAAAUCAACAAAGCCAUGAUCGACGACAAGAACAAAUCCGACGGACUAGCGAGAUUCAUCACUUCCUGUCAAAUCAUCUGGUUCACUCUCAAUGUCAUCGCAAGACCAACGCAGAACCUCGCCGUGACAACUAUUGAGAUCACAACAAUCGGAUUCAUCUUCUGUACCUUGGGGAUCAAUUUCUGCUGGAGAAAUAAACCAAUGGACGUCUCGACGGCGAUCGUGCUGAACACCGAUCACACUAUCCACCACAUCCUCCAAAGCGCUGAAGAUGUAGCGUCUCAACCAUACCGGCUGACACCACUCGAUUUCGUGAGCCGCGAAGAAUGGAUAGCAACCCAGCUUUGGCAAUACAACGUUAACAUCCUACGGAAACUGCGCGUCAUACGCCAACGGCCCAAAGUGCGUCCCGUUCAACGCUUGUCAUCCUUUAGCUUUCCCAAGCUCCCACGGAGAGGAUCUGUUAUUACUCUGUGCAUAACCCUGGUCUACUCCGCAAUCUUCAUGGCUGCAUGGAACUUCGAGUUUCCCUCCGCGGCAGAGAGGUUGAUCUGGCGCAUCUGUACCUCGUUGUCUAUGGGUCUCACCAUCGUUGUUGGGAUAGUUGAGGUGGCACUACCUCAACCUCGUAAUUCAAUAAAAGAGGGAGCUUCCGACAUAGAAGGGGAAGGUCGAAAGGCGACCUUGCCCAUCCAUGGCGACCGCUUUAUGACGGGGCUCCUGGGCAGAUUGGCCAACAAGCGGUUCAACAAUUCCCUAGACAAGGAUCCCGCGCUAGAUGUGCCGCUGAAGUCGAUUCUCUUCACCCAGCCCAUCUGUGCUGUUUAUACUGUAUGUCGCUUGUACGUGCUGUUGGAAGAUAUCAUUGGCCUUCGAGCAGUGCCCGCCAGUGCUUUCCAGUGUGUCAACUGGACUGUAUAUUGGCCGCAUAUGUGA